AUGAAACGCCCAUUCUGCCACGAUGACCAUUCGGCAUUCGCGGUUCAAGAAUGCUUGGCGCGAAUGUUCUUCACAUCUCACACCUUUGAGCAAUUCAGCACUCGGCUCGCUAAUAAUGUGGCGCCUGGCUCGUCAUCAGCACCCACUGCUAGUAUUUUUUCAGCCGCCACCACUCUUAGGAACCAACAGCGCCGUGUCCGGUCCACUAACCAGACCGCCGCUAACCGCCGUCUUGACGUAUUCGACCUCGACACUAUAGUCCUCCUAGUGCCCGACCCCAAGGCGCCACUAAACGCCGACGACGACACGCUUGCGUAUUUUGACGUAGGCGAGCUUAAGACUGACGUCGACGACCACGCUGAAGAGGAGGGUGAACCCGCCAUGGCGGGUGAGAAGCGCAGCUGGGAAGAUGCUGAAACCAUGCAGCUAGCAUGGGUCCGUCACGACAAGGACGAGGAGGUCCGCAGACGACGAGGAGGUCUGCAGUCAAACUCGUCUGCAGGGGCAAAACUGCACUCCGCCUCGGACGACUGUUGCGGCGCCAUCACCGCCCCGCACCACGCUGCCAAGUUCACCUCAGGCACCACCCACCACUUCCCCGUCGCGCCCGUCGUCGACCUAUGUGGCGGAGGCAUCCCCGCCGUACUCAAGGGGAGCCGGUGCGCGCGCGGGCUUGGGGCUGCACGGGAACUGCAUUGUCCGCUGGCCUGGCUGCGGGGACAGGCAUACACGGCAUGUAAGGUGGAGGGGCACAGUCGCUUGACAAUCAGCUCAGCGGCGUGGACUCGGCUCUGUGCGACGAAAUAG